CGCCAUUAUUUUUGCGUCUCUGUGUUUUUCCUAUCCUCCGAGCGUGGUGUGGGGGGUUUUGUUAGGGCUUAUAGAUCUGAAAAAGAGAUGGGUGAGAGUAGGAUGACUGGGAAAGUGAAGUGGUUCAGUGACCAAAAGGGGUUUGGGUUCAUAACCCCAGAUGAGGGCGGCGAGGAUUUGUUUGUUCACCAGUCUUCGAUCCGGUCCGAGGGUUUCCGUAGCCUCGCUGAUGGUGAAGAGGUCGAGUUCGUUAUCGAGUCUUCUGAUGGUGGUCGCACCAAGGCUGUUGAUGUUACUGGCCCCAACGGGAACCCUGUUCGUGGCACCACGAGAUCCGGACGCGGUGGAGGCGGCGGCGGCGGCGGUGGUGGUGGUUGCUUUAAGUGUGGGGAGAUGGGACAUUUGGCAAGGGAUUGUGGACAAGGUGGCGGCGGUGGCGGAGGGAGAUACGGUGGAGGAGGAGGCGGCGGUGGUUCAGGGGCUUGUUAUAACUGUGGAGGCUCUGGGCAUUUCGCAAGGGAGUGUCCGAACAAUGGUCGUUAAGGCGGAGAGGGGUUUACUGUGUCUUUUCACAAUUCCUCUGACCCUUACUUUUUCCCCUUCGGUACUAUUUCUGUCGGUUUCGUUAUUAUCAAGUAUGGUUGGCUUUUUUAUGUCGUUUUGUUUUUGAAGAAGGAUUGUUCCUAGUCAGUUUGUGGGCUCUUGCUUCCUAUGUUAGGUUUUUUGGUGUUUGGAAAAAUGGUUGUAAUGGGACCUUUAGGGUCACAGUGGAGUGGAUUUAGAAUUGCUAAAUGAAAAUGGUGAAGAAAACAAUGAUGUUAAAACCUCUCACUGUCAUCAAGUGUUCAUACACAUAUAAUAUAAAUACAAGCUGGUUUGGUUCAAUAUC